UUCACUGUCACUGUUUGUCAAUGGUCUAAUCAUAAUAAAGCAAUACAUUUAUAACUUCGAGUAUGUUUAUUGUCGGGCUCACCGGAGGAUUGGCGACAGGGAAGAGUACAGUGCUAUCAAUAUUUCGUGAUAACCAUGUAGCAGUAAUAGACGCCGAUGAAGUAGCUAGAAAAGUGUUAGAACCGGGAACAAAAGCAUGGAAAGAAUUAAGAAAUUAUUUCGGCGAUGAGGUUUUAUAUCCCGACGGAAAAGUAAACAGACUGAAAUUGGGGGAGAUAAUAUUUGACGAUAUAGAGAAGAGGAGGAAACUAAAUGCAAUAACACAUCCUAGAAUACAGAAAGCUAUGAUGAGUAUGGCAAUGAUGUAUUUUUUCUCUGGUCAUAAAUACAUUGUAAUGGAAGUUCCUUUGCUGUUUGAAACUGGAAAGAUGUUAGCAUUUAUGCAUAAAAUAAUCACAGUAGUAUGUGAAGAUCAUCAACAGCUUGAAAGAUUAUGCAAACGUAAUGAUUUCUCUCAGGUGGUUGCAAGAAAGAGGAUAAGUUGUCAGAUGCCACUUGAACAGAAAGUGGCACGAUCUCAUUUUGUUAUUGAUAACUCUGGUAGUAUUGAAAAUACAGUGAAACAAACUGAAUCUAUAAUUAAAGUGCUGCAACGAUCUAAAUUCACUUGGUAUUUCAGAGUUAUUCUUUUGAUCGGUUUUCUAUCUGUGGCAUUUGGUGUAGGACAUAUAAUCAGUAAUUUAAUUAAUAAUGUCACAUAA